AAACGGUAUCAAGUCGGGUCCAUCCGAGAAACACUUUCGUUCUCUAAAACGUCAGAUCUGGAGCAGUAUCUUGUAUACUCUUAGGCGGUGUUCAUCAGUCGCUUUUCAACCGCUGUUGAGAACGCACGCCUUGCCACAGACGUACCAGCUACGUUCACGUGCGUCCCGUAUUUACUCUUCAAAGGGGUCGAUUGAUAAGACCGACAACAGUGCUCCAAAAGUUUCGCGUCUCACCCAUCGUUGAUAUCUCCGACGAACGUAUCCCCUGGAUUGUACGUGUAUAAGUGAUUUUGUCGUAAAUUAUUCCCAUUAAGAGCGGCUUCUGACAGUUUGAAUUGGGCAGUGCAAAAUCGGGUAUUUCUCAAGCUGACACUGGACCUUUAAAAUCUUCGUAUAUAUAAGAGUUGUCCGAGAACAAAAGUGAAACAGAAUUACAUGAGCUGAUAUAUCUGAAGGCGUGGUGUUGUUGAACUUGUGAACUUGUUAAACAGAUGAUAUUCCGAUAAACGAACUCCAUUUAGCUGUGCUUUUCGCCGAGACUCGUUCAGAUAUACUCGACUUGACAUAAGUGCUUCAAUUAGUAGGUGUUUUGUUUCUUGUUUAAGAGUACAAAAAGGAUUAUUGACUGAUGUGGUUUGGUACUGUUGAAAUAGAUUUCUGUGGUCGGUAUUGUGCUUGCAAGGUAUCAUUCUCAAUGAAAUUUCAAGAGUGCACGGUUUGAUUCCUUGUUGAAAAAAUCUAUAAGGUCAUUCACUUGGAACUCCCAUGAGUUUGGUAGAAACGGGCCUGCCCUGGCUCAGAUACCUACCACCACUACCAAUAACACUGCCCCUAACCAUGAGAGAGAAAGAUUCAUCGCCACGCAAGAUGCUCGUUGCCUCAGGAGGCCACAGCUCCCCAAAGCAAGCAGCCACCUAUCCUCUAUCCAUCCGAGUUCCUCCAGGGGACGAUAUGCCCUUCGACCUCUCCAGAAACACCAGAUCUCCAGGACCUCACAUGUCACCUGCAGGAAGACCACCAGCGGGUCCACAAGAAAACGAAGAUCAACCUUUAGACCUCCGAAUGGACCACAAGAAAUCCUUGCUGAUGUCGAGGAGGCAAGUGGAGGAUGAAAAUAGGAAUCUUAUAUCACCAACACCUAGUGUUAAUAGUUCCAAGGACGAGAUCGUUGUUGAAGAGCGAAGGAGUCCAGUUACAAACAAUGUCCCAAAAACUUUCUCACCCCAGAUGUCUGGGUAUCCUGGUAUGCUGUUUCCUCCACAACCCAUCCACCCAAUGAUGUUGGAAGCGAUAUACAGGGUACAAGGGGGUGAUAAACUGCCAAGAUUGUCACUUCCGUACUCAAACUCAAAUCCAGGAUAUCCGCAAAGGUUUCCUUUUCUAAACCCUAACAUGUUGAGUCCUCCGGUCAACCAAGUUCCUUUCGAUCUUAUGAGAAAUGCACCGCCUCCACAAGCUCCUAAAGUGUUCGACAGCAACGGUGGUAAGCUCAAAGAUCGUUACGCUUGUAAAUUUUGUGGUAAGGUAUUUCCUAGAUCUGCCAAUCUCACUAGACAUUUAAGGACUCACACUGGAGAACAACCGUACAAAUGUAGAUAUUGCGAAAGAUCAUUCAGUAUAUCCAGCAACCUUCAAAGGCAUGUAAGGAAUAUCCACAAUAAAGAAAAACCUUUCAAGUGUCCUUUAUGUGAACGAUGCUUUGGGCAACAAACGAAUUUAGAUAGACAUCUGAAGAAACACGAAGCUGAUGGUCCUACCAUUUUAGACGAAAGAAAUAUGCAAAGAAGACAAUUAACUAGGAACUUAAGCGAGGAAUCUUGCUUCGAAGAGAUCAGAUCGUUUAUGGGUAAAGUAACAGACAGCAGGCUCCUACAACAUUUUCAACCAAACAAUAAAUUCCCUAAUUUCCAAACACCAAAAGUGUUCAACAUUGCUGCGAAUGACUUUGAAGAGAAUGCCACUUCGCCUGAUGAAACCAAAAGGGAUUCUUCGUAUUUCUCAGAUAAAGAAGGUUAUUCUUCAAGGUCUUCCACAGGCUCCGAAUCACCAUCGGGCAAAGAGGAGGAUCAGAUAGUGAAAAGUGAGGAUAGAUGUAGUGAUGAGAAGUACCAAACGGAUGAGAACUGCAACGAUAAGAACAACAAUACAUGAUCUUCGUGAUCUCGUUGUGAUUUUCAUAUUUUGUAGUGAGUAGUUCUUUUGGCUCAUCGGCUCGAUGGAUUCUUUAUUUAUUUUUCUUCAUAUUGAAAGAUAGAUAUCUCGUGAUGAGCAUUGACAUUUAAAUGUUGUUCAAGACAUAGUCCUUCCUUCAAUUCCAUUAUUACUGUAAAUUAUGAUCUCAGUCAUUUCCUGCACACAAAAGUUCAACUAAACCAUACAAAAUUAACUGCAUAAAGUAAAUUAAAAUUGUCAAGGUCCUGUCAUAUUCAGCUUCAACGUAACUCAAACCGAUUUGGAUGGCUAUUAAGUCAUGUUUAAUUCAAUUACGAUUUUCCAGAAUUCCUGAAAUUCUCAACAGUUUCUCAUGGAUGUUACUUCACGGUCGUUUGAAGGAAAAGACAUAAAAUUGAUUUAUAGGUCGUUUCAGUAUGUCAUUUCAGGUUUCCGAUAGUAAUUGAUGAUCAUAUUAGUCGACUAUGGGAAGUAUGCUCGAUUUGUGGGAAUUUUUCAGGCAGAUGCAAAAAAAUAGGAAUGGGUUGAAAAUAUUUCGAAAGGUCAUCUUCGGAUAUUUCAAAACAAAAUUGAAUUAUUUGAUAAUUAUUCAAUUAUUAGCGUGACCAGCAUAGAUUAAAACCAUAAUAACAUUUUCAAAAAGGAGACUAACCUCAAAAGUGUCAUUUUAUGGAACUUAAAUCGUAUUCUUCACAUAAUGAUGAAGUUUGCCAAAAUAUUCACUUCAAAACGAAAUUUUCCAUUCAAGUUAUACAAUUUCAGUAUUGAAUCAAAAACGGUCAUUUAAAAUGGAAUAUUUAUUCACAGUUUAACGAGUAGAAUAAACAUAGUUGUGGAAUAAUACAGAAUAAUGUGAUUAUUUUGAGAUUCCAACUGAAGGUUAACCUUGAGAUGUC